AUGGCUGAGUCAAGCUCUACCCUGAUCCUUCCCUCCCACUCCCUGCCCAGCUGCUGCCGGUUUACUCCUUUGGAUAUAGUCCAUGAUCCUGGAAGCCUACAGGGAAAGUUAGAAAUAGUGGAUGCUUUUCCUCCUCUGCAUGAGAACAGUGGUUGCCAUUUAAGAAUAUUUUCUAGGGAUUUAUACCCUUUUUCACCAAUGAUAACAGAGCUUUGUCCCACCUUCAAAAUUAAUUUGACCUGUUCUUGGAGUGAAGAUUCUCAGCAUCAAUGGUCUGCUCCAGCUCCUACCCAAGGUCCCACCAGUGCUGGGGCUGCAGGGCCACCUCCUGCUACCAAUGUGUCAAGCAACAAACGGCUGCAGCAGACACAAGCCCGGGUGGAUGAGGUGGUAGACAUCAUGAGAAUGAAUGUGGACAAGGUGCUAGAAAGAGACCAGAAGCUAUCAGAGCUUGACAACCGGGCGGAUGCAUUGCAAGCAGGUGCCUCACAGUUUGAAACUAGUGCAGCCAAACUGAAGAGAAAAUACUGGUGGAAAAAUUGCAAGAUGAUGAUCAUCCUUGGUGUAGUAUGCGCAGUCAUUCUCAUUAUAAUUAUAAUUUAUUUCUCCACUUGAAAAAAUGAAGAAGGAAG